AUCCUCUUCCAAUUGGUUCUCUUCAACACUCAAAAGAACACAAAUUCUCGCAGCAAACAUCACUUCAUCUCGAUUCAGAAGAGGGAAAACGAAAUGGCCCUCUCCAUAUCUUCCCUCAAGUCAUCCUUCUCUUCGCUCUCAUUUUCCUCUCAUGUCUCCCAGAAUCCGUGCAUCCUUCCAAUUACCAGACCAAAAUCCCUCCGCAUUUCCCCUUUAUUCAGAAACACCCGUCCCCUCUCCAUCUCUGCAACGGUGGCAGCCCCAGCAGAGUCGGAGCCAAUAACGGACCUUAAGAAUUAUGUUAAGUCGAGGCUCCCUGGUGGGUUCGCUGCUCAGACCCUCAUCGGCACCGGUCGCCGGAAGUCCGCCAUUGCGCGCGUCGUUAUUCAAGAAGGCACUGGGAAGUUUAUCAUCAAUUACCGUGAUGCCAGGGAUUAUCUUCAAGGCAAUCCUUUAUGGCUGCAGUACAUAAAAGUCCCAUUGGUAACAUUGGGGUAUGAGAAUAGUUAUGAUGUGUUUGUCAAAGCUCAAGGAGGUGGUCUAGCUGGGCAGGCACAGGCCAUCUCCCUUGGCAUUGCUCGUGCAUUGCUGAAGGUCAGUGAGAACCACAGAGCACCUCUUAAGAAGGAAGGGCUCUUGACCAGGGACUCCAGAGUUGUUGAGAGGAAGAAAGCCGGCCUCAAGAAAGCUCGCAAAGCACCUCAGUAUUCCAAACGUUAAGUUGGAAUAUACUUGCUGUUGUUCUGUAGAUUAUUAUCUUUUGUCAUGUUAUUUUAGCAGCUUCUUUGUUGAUUGUGUCAUACAUUGCAAUAUUAUCAAACCCUUUUUGUUUGUAGAUCCUAUUUUUGUCAUCUAUGGAGGAAAAUUCUCUGUUCAAGGCAUCUUCUGAAAUGAUUAUGAAGACCUAGGUCCAAUCUUGAGCCUUUUGAAAUUGGAAAUAAGGGUAAGUACUUAACACCAUAUCUCUUAAGAGGUUUUGUAUUUAUAAUCCUCUAGUUAUAGAAGACGUGCUCAUCAUGAAAGAUGCUCUUUUGAAACUUUGCGUAGCCGGUGAUCCUGCUUAAGAAAUUUGGCUGUUUGUUACUGCCAAAUGUGGCUUCCAACGCAGAGACUGUAAUUAAUUUAAAAUAUUCAUCCACACUUUUCUUUGGAUUUACCCAAGAUCUUUGGAAUUCAUUUAUUUCUCUCAGGAGUGGCUUGCUUUGGUUUUGGUGCAUUUCAUGUAACAGGAUUGUCUGGUUCUGGAAUAUGGGUGUCCGAUACUUAUGGACUAACUGGAAAGGUACAACCUGUAAGUCCAGCCUGGGGUGUGGCAACGGAUC